AUGGCAAAGAAAAAGACUAAUAAGCAGAGAGACUUUCAGAAAAAAAAACUCAAAGUUGGAAAAUCGAACAACUUACCGAACAAUUUCACUGAUACAUCUUUCAAGGCAAAAUCGAUCACUCUACCCAACCAGACGUUGGUUAAGUCACACGAUGAUAAAGAGUUGGCACAUUAUCUUGCAAUGGUGAGACACCACUCCCCAUCGACCAGAAAAGAGAUCUUAAUUCACUUAGACAAACAUCUUCCCUCUGACCCAGCACAGUAUAAAGAAAUAUUGAAAAACGUCACUCCAUUGAUCAUAGAUACUUCACCAUCUGUAAGAGAGGCUUUAGUUACUCUUUUAGAUGAUAUCGGAUCAAAAUAUCCCACAUUUAUUGAACUACAUGCCAACUCCAUUGUCCUUUUCAUUAGCAGUGCCAUGUCCCACAUCAACACAGAUAUACGGAAUGAUUCGACGAAGUUUCUACGUGUAAUACUGAAAUAUGGACCUGGCAUCAUUGUUCGUUCUAGCUGGGUCAAAAUGCUGAAGAAUUACUGUCAGUUGAUGAACUGGCAUUUGGAGGAGGCUAAGAAGUCGCUCGUUCUAGCAGUUAAUUCCAGCUCUGUUAUUGUAAAUAAAAAACCCAAAGAGAGCCAUUUGCAAGUUUUAGCUGAGUUCCUUAAGUUGGGAACAUCUGGCGAAAAGGAAGCCCAGUCGACCCUCAAGUUCAAAGCCAUACAUCCACUAACUGCUGUUUAUAUGUUUCCAACAACACCACAGCCUUUUGGGCAGCUAAACCUUUACAAAAAAACUGAGCUUAUUGUUUCCCACAAAGAGAGCGAAGAGGAAACUAUCAGGGAUUUGGAUAGUAUCAACUGUGAAGAUGAGCACACGAGGAUCACAGUUUUCAUUCAACAUUUCAAAAAGCCCGUGAUAGAUGGUCUGAAAUCAUUAAUAAAAGAAGGAGGAGGUCUUGGAAAGGAGGCAAAUAGUCUUCUAACAGCCGUAGAAUCUAUAGUUUAG